AUGGUGAAAAAAGGAGAAGCGUCAUCCAGCACUAGCAGCAAACCGCCAUCGGCCAUUGCCAAAGAGGUGCUCAAGCCUCAAGCACAACCAGCAGCAUCAGCUAUUACGACACCCACCGAUGCAACAUUACUCAACGUGCCAAAGACAAAGGCGACGCAUCCCGGCAUGCCACCACGAUCCAAGAGCACACAGCCUGUACGAAGCACCAAAUUGACACAAAAGCUUGUAUUGUUUCCACCAAAGUCGGUCGAUCCGUCAGUGGGUAUGGAGCAUGUGCUUGAUGCGAUGGCUCAUGAUGCAGAAGCAGCUGCCGAGUCACCUAGCGAUGAGCAGCAACCGUUACAUGCGCCUGCUGUUCCACGUACUGCAGCCGAGCAUAUGACACAAGACGAGCGCGAUUUGGCGAAUCUAUCACGAGUAACAGCUUAUUGCACGGGCGAAGGAUACAAUGUAACCAGCCUACGAGCAUUUCUAAGACAACAUCAUCAUGUCAGCCCACGCCUUUACGACGAAUGUCUUUACGCAGCUUACCAUUAUCCACUUUGGACAUUAAGACCCGGCAAAGAAAAUCUACUCAAUGUUCGUAUACGCAGCGCAUCACCCCAUCCCGGCAUGGAUCAUGAAGAAGACGAUGAAGAAGAGAUGAAUUAUGAAGAAGACUCUUAUCAAGAUGAGGAUGAUAAUAGCAGCAACAAGACACGUCGAAAGAGUGGUGAUAAGGAUGCAGCAUCAUCAUUAUUCCUCGGUGGUGAGCUCUUUGUCUUUGAUUAUGGCGUCGUGGUCUUUUGGAACUUUCAUCGUGCACAAGAAUUGCUCAUGCUUGAAGACUUGUCUCAAUUCUCAAUAAGACCCUUCCGUGAUAACCCCAACGAGGACAUGCAGAUCGAGGAAAUGCAUUUUCAAUACGACACGUCUCAGAUCAAGCCACGCAUCUUUAAUGACAUGAUCACCCUCAAAAGCAGCAAUCACAUGAUCAAGUUGACACUAUCACAUGGAUUAUCACAAAGUGCAGUCCUUGCUCGCUAUGAGGACAUUAUGGAUAAAACAAUCGAGGAUACCAAGCAUUUACCAAAGGAAAUGGCUCAAACAGGAAGACUCGUAAAGAAUCGUACCGAGAUUACGAAAAUCAAUGGUCAUCUAUUCCAGCUACGCAUGAAUGUCAACCUGGUUUCCAAUGUAUUAGAUACGCCGGAGAUUUUUUGGUCCGAACCAGCAUUACAACCCAUGUACGUCGCAAUUCGAGAUUACUUGGAGAUACCACAACGAGCCAAGAUUCUCAACGAUCGAUUAAAAGUGGUGUCCGAUUUGCUAUCAAUGCUCCGAGAUCAUCUUACCAAUUUUGGUGUCGAGUACCAAACACUCAUUAUUAUUUAUCUCAUCAUUGUCGCUGUUAUUGUUGCUUGUUUCGAGAUUGGCGUCAAGGCAUUACAAUCCCUUCGCGUUAUGUAG